AUGGCGCUUCUCCGAGGUUGUUUGAAACCAAACAUACAGCAGAGUCUGGGCGAUUGUCUAAACGAUCCAGCUUUGUAUGAAGCAGCGCUUGAAGAGCUAGAGUGUACAUAUGGCCAUCCUCAUCUCAUUUCAAGAGCGUACAUUAGAACAAUUCUUGAUCUUCCAAAAGUUCCGCAUUUAAACGACUAUCGAGCCCUCUUAGUUUUUUCUACAUCCCUGCGCGGCGCCGUUUCUUCGUUAAAAAAUGGCGGCUACGAGAAUGAGCUGAAUUCCGUCGGUCUACUAGAGAUAAUUCUCGACAAGCUUCCCGCUGACAUUCAAAGCAAGUGGGGGAAGAAGAUAGUUAAAUCACACCCGCAACUCCUGACUCUGCAAGAUUUCGUACCGUGGCUACACACUAUUGUGAAAGCAGAAAUGGUGGUUAAACAUGCAAAAGCGUCAAAUUCUCAACCAACAGAAGGGAAAACUGGAAGACAAGACCGCAAACCGGGCCGGCAAAUUCACAGCAAAUUUAGUUCGCCCGUCUCACCAACGAUUCUCUCGAUAUCGACUGCAUCGAAUUCGAACUCAAAAACAAAAAUUCAAAACACCGUUCAAUUCAAGAACCUAAAAGAAUGUUUGCCGCUCGUUAACCCGACGAACGAAAGUCCAGCAAUAGAGUCAACCAAGCGAAACGACAAUGGAACUGGUGGGUCCACCGGAUCGACCCAUUGUUACACCUGCGCCAUCCGCGAGAGGGACAGAUCAUGGUCCGUGCUGUUGGCUGUCGUGCCCAUCACAAUCUGGAACGGCAAGAAACAUCUCAACACGUUUGGACUGUUGGACCUGGGCAGCGAAGCGUCUCUUAUCUUAGAUCAUGCGGCCGACAAAAUUGGAUUGACCGGACAGGCCCAAACGAUCCGUCUAAGAACCUUCCAUGGCCAGGAUCCAGAUAUUCCAACGCGCACCGUCAACUUCGAUAUUUCUCCAAGAGACAACCAAUCACGAUUCAAAGCCAUGAAUGCGUUGACCGUCCCACAACUCAACUUUGCAAAGAAGAAAUGUCAUUGGCCCAGCGUCAAGAAAGAAUGGAAUCAUCUAGCUGACUUAGAUUUGCCAACAUUCGACUCGGUCCUCGUUACCGUUAUUAUCGGUCGAGACAUACGUGGAGCGCAUCGUAUUUUGGAAGAACGCUGCCACUCCGGAGACACCGGCCCGGAUGCCAUUUUAACGCCAUUUGGAUGGUGUGUAGCCGGUUCAGUGCCGUCACGAGUGUUCGAGGUCUCGGAGAGAAGACCCGGCAUUUAUCAGAUCCAUUUUCAGCCAUCCGACCUGGAGUUGAGAGAAGACAUCGCGAGGCUGUGGCAAGCUGAAGCCUUCGGUGUUCAUAAACCAACUCAACCGAUACUCUCCACCGAAAACCGAAAGGCGAUGGACCUCCUUGAAAAAUCCAUCCGCCAUACAGGAGAACGACAAGAAGUGGCAUUAAUGUGGAAGGAAGAAAACGCAGUGCUGCAAAACAACUAUUCGUCGGCAUUGCAGCAACUGCAACAUCUUUCCAAACAUUUCAAACGGGACCCAGCUUAUGGCGAAAAAUAUAACAAGGUGAUCCAAGAAUACCUGUCGCUCGGUCACGCAAUUCCUGUAGAUCCGUCCGACACAGGUACGCCUGGGCGUGUGUUUUAUUUGCCACAUCAUGGUGUCACGUCCGUGAAUAAGCCGGACAAGGUCCGCGUCGUAUUCAACUGCUCGGCUCAACAUAAUGGAAUCAGCCUAAAUGACAUGCUCCACCAAGGCCCAGAUUUGUUAACCAGCCAAGUAGCAGUCCUCCUCCGCUUCCGUCAAUUCCCGGUACCGAUUGCCGGAGAUAUUGAAAAAAUGUAUCACCAGGUGCAAGUUCCGGCAAGCGAUCAAUCCGUUCUUCGUUUCCUUUAUCAAGCGCCUGGGAUCAACGAACCGAUCAAAGCGUUUCAAAUGACGCGACAUGUUUUCGGUGCCGUCUCAUCGCCGACGACAUGCAUCUUUGCUCUGAGAAAAACGGCCGAAGAUAAUCGACAUCUUUAUCCGAAAGUUGCCGAUCUCGUGCUGUCGAACACGUAUGUCGACAAUCUACUUUACUCUGCCGAAAACGAAGACGACGCCAUUCGUGACGCCAAGGACUUCAAGGCCCUCUGUCUAGCUGGCGGAUUUAAUGUCGUACAAUGGAUGUCGUCAUCCCGUCGUGUUCUCUCAACAGUUGCUCCAUCCGAGCUCUCUCGCCCUCAUCUCGACUUCAAUUCUGAGUUGCUCCCGGUCGAAAGAACGCUCGGCAUCUUGUUGGAUUGGGAGACCGAUCAGUUCAUGUACAAAGUCGAGUUGAAACCAGCAUCGACCAUGCGUGAAGUGCUCCAAGGUUUAUCGAAGGUCCACGACCCUCUUGGUCUCAUUGCCCCCGCCAUUUUGCCAGCCCGAAUCUUAAUGCAAGAUAUAUGGCACAGCCGGUGCGGAUGGGAUGACGUGCUGGAUCAAGAACUCCAAAAAAUUUGGACAAAUUGGACCAACGAGCUAAAACUUCUCGAAGCACUCCGCAUUCCGCGCUGCAUCCGCCGCGUAACCAAACCCGAUCAUCUAGAGCUUCAUGCCUUUAGUGAUGCCAGCGAAAAUGGCUUCGGUGCUUGUGUAUAUCUCCGAUGUUCAUAUCCGAACGAAGAAAUCAGUGUCGCCUUAGUGAUCGGAAAGGCAAGAGUGGCACCGUUAAAACAGUUAUCAAUCCCACGACUCGAACUCCAAGGAGCUGUUUUAGCCGCUAGACUCGUCAGCACAGUCCGACAAGAAAUGAACUUGAAGGACGUUCCAAAAACAUAUUGGACCGACUCGCAAACCGUCCUUCAGUGGAUUCAUUCAACGUCCUGUCGCUAUCACGCUUUUGUAGCUCACCGAAUCACCGAAAUUGUCGACCAGUCAGUGGCAAAGGAGUGGCGGCAUAUCCCAGGUGAGCUGAAUCCGGCAGACGACGCUUCACGUGGAAUACCAGCGUCAUCCUUAAAUCCGAAACACCGCUGGUUUUGUGGGCCAUCAUUUCUCCUGAUGUCCCGCGAAAGCUGGCCAGCGCCUGAACAAAUAUCAGAGCCCAGCUCCGAUGAUCCAGAAGUUGCCCCGUCACGCUGGGUGGGAUCAAUUUCAAACGAACCCAUUCACCCGUUCAUCCGCAUCGUUGAACGUGUGUCAACGUUGGAAAAAUUCAAGUCCUCAGUUGGCUGGCUCCGACGUUUCGCGCGAAAUUAUUCGUUAAAAGAAAAACCAAAAACAACGCUUAGUUUCUUAUCCGUGCCCGAGCUCCGCAGGGCAAUGACGUUCGCUUUUCGCAUCGACCAACAACAUUAUUUCGCCCGCGAGUUGGAAUUUCUCCGCAAAAGGCGUCCAUUGCCAGUCGAUUCAAAACUGGUUCACCAUACCCCCUUCCUCGACGUCAAUUCCGUCAUGAGAGUCGGUGGUCGAUUAGAUAGGAGCGCAUUCAACGAAGACAUCAAGCAUCCUAUCAUCCUCCAUCACGAGAGUCAAUUGGCUCGAUUGGUUAUCCGAGAGCGACACAUUUAUCUCGAACAUUCGCGACCUGAUCGCACGCUCCACGAUGUCCGAUCUCGAUACUACAUCCCGAAGCUGAGACGCAUCGUAAAAUCCGUCGUGGGAGAUUGUGCAAAAUGUCGGCUGUUACGCUCGAAACCAGCCCCUCCAAUUAUGGCUCCUCUCCCGUCCUAUCGCCUCCGCCCGUUCACGCGACCAUUUUCCGGAACGGGAAUAGACUACUUUGGACCAAUGCCUAUCACCAUGCUCCGACGGUCAUUGAAAAGAUGGGGCGUGAUGUUUACUUGUUUAACGACUAGAGCCGUCCACAUCGAACUCGCCGAAACACUUUCGACCGACUCGUUUCUCCUCGCUUUCUGGCGAUUCGUAAAUGUGCGUGGCUGUCCUGGCGUCGUUUAUAGCGACAACGGCACAAAUUUAGUCGCAGGCGAAAAGGAAAUCUCCGAAGGUUUGGCGCGUUUCAAUCAAGAAAGAAUCGGAUCAAAAUUGGCGAAACGCGGCAUUGAGUGGCAUUUCUCUCCUCCCAUCGCGCCGCAUUUUGGCGGUUCAUGGGAACGCCUUAUUCAAUCCGCAAAAUCCGCCCUACGCAUCAUUCUCGACGGCCGGACAUCGUCCAACGAAAUUCUGCAGUCCGCCUUAGUCGGGGCAGCAACGCUAAUGAAUGGACGUCCCCUCGAAUAUGUUCCAGUCGACCCGAAAGAUCCCAUUCCGUUGACCCCCAAUCAUUUUUUUCUCCUCGAAGCUAAUCCGAACGAACCUCUGGACGUCCUCGAUUUGUCAGAAACACCGUCCACCAAAGGAUGGAGAGCAGCCCAAGAUCUCAUCACUCAUUUCUGGCGUAGGUGGCUCCGCGAGAUCGUACCGAAACUCAAUUCUCGAUCAAAAUGGACAGCACCGAAUCGAAAUAUUGCUGUCAACGAUAUUGUCUUAAUUGUUGAUCCAGCCACUCGCAGAGGUGAGUGGCCGCAUGGCCGCGUACUUGAAGUCUUUCCCGAUCUCAACGGCACCGUUCGCUCGGUAUCCUUCGCAGUUUGGUCCGGGAAAGGCACGGAAACAAAACUUUGGACCCGAGCGGCUCAUCAUCUGUGCGUGCUGGAGACCGAAAAAUGCGAUGUUUCGGACAUCCGAAACAGGGCCGGCUGUGUUACGGACGAAAAUCUGACACCUCAGCGCCCAAAGGGCACCGAAUUUCCUAUCCCAGGACAAAGCGGACCAGACGACGGCUCAGUGGCAAAAUCGACACCGUAG